AUCAUCUUGUUCAUGCCGCAUUCCAACAAAAUCCCCAUUUCCCAUUUUCUCUCUCUUCUCCUUCUCCUUCUCCUUCUCCUUCUCCUUCUUCUCGUCAGUCUUCACCUUCUUCCUUUAGGGUUUCUGGGACUUAUACACUAUCAGUCUCACAACUUUCUUAAUUUCUCGAUUUGGGCCUAAUUAUCCCAAUCCAUGAUCCCAAUCUAACAUCUUUUCCAACUCGCAUUCUCCUUCAGAGUUUGCUUUGCUUAGUCUCCUUUCUUCUUCUUCUUCUUCUUCUUCUGUAGCUGCUAUAACUCGGAUAGUAUCAUAGAUUAUUAGGAGGAAUAAUUCAUGGCCAAGACUAAACCUGGGAAGAAAGAUCUUGAUUCAUACACCAUCAAAGGCACCAACAAAAUUGUUCGACCUGGUGACUGUGUGCUAAUGCGACCGUCGGACUCUGAUAAGCCUCCAUACGUUGCUCGAGUUGAAAAAAUUGAAGCUGAUCAUCGGAACAAUGUAAAGGUUCGAGUUCGGUGGUAUUAUCGGCCCGAAGAAUCAAUUGGAGGUCGGAGGCAGUUCCAUGGGGCAAAGGAGCUUUUUCUCUCCGACCAUUUUGAUGUUCAGAGUGCUCACACGAUAGAGGGCAAAUGCACGGUGCACUCUUUUAAAAAUUAUACCAAACUUGAGAAUGUUGGUGCGGAGGAUUACUUUUGCAGAUUCGAGUACAAGGCUGCCACUGGCGGAUUCACACCAGACCGUGUAGCUGUGUACUGUAAAUGUGAGAUGCCAUACAACCCCGAUGACCUUAUGGUUCAGUGUGAGGGAUGCAAAGAUUGGUUUCAUCCAUCAUGCAUGGGAAUGACCAUUGAAGAAGCGAAGAAGUUGGAUCACUUUUUGUGUUCAGAUUGUUCCUCGGAAAAUGAAGCUAAGAGGUCCUUGAAUGCAUUUCCAGUAUCACCUUCUGCUGAGGCUAAGGUGGAGCCAAAGCGCAGGAAGAGAUGAUGGGCUGAUCAGGAUUCAUGGAAGUGACAAGGAGGUGGAUUUUGUACUGUGGAUGCAAUGGUUGGAUAUUGAAGCAGAAGAGUAUGGAGGUUGGUUCAUCCAUGGAAGCUAUAAUAUUAGAGUGCACCAAAGCUUCUUCCUUUUUAUCACAAUUUUCCUUUAAAUAGACACUCUUCUGCUUACAUGAAGCAUUUUCUAGGUAAAAUGAUGCAUUGGACAGAAUUGAUUUUGUUGACUUCCACUUCCAGGCAAUUGCAGCCAUUAUAUAGCCAUUGAGAUGAAAUUCCUCACCAACUUCGAAAGCAAACAAGGGGGAUAAACUUAUAGGACUUCCCCAUUUUUUUAUUAAUGAUCUCUCAUCUCAAUUCCUAUCAUCUAAAGGAAUUUGGUGAAUGUUUGGGUAAGAAUGUGAUGAAUUUUAUUUUGAUCUCUUUGGGCCAAUUUAUAUUUACUCAUGUGCCCUGUACCUGUGCCCACUUACUCUUUGUAUAGAUCUUUAUUAAUAAUCUUUAGACAACCCUUCAUCCA